UGAUUUAAUGGCUGCGCCCAUGUCGGCAGCAGACGUAUGAGGCUACAGACGAGAGAAUCAAGGGCUGACGUGUCCAAUGCCAGUGAGUGCAGUUCUGAAUUUUGAUAGCCCUCAAUACUUUGGUCAUUUUUGGAUGCUUUUGAAGGGCUAUAGAACUAUCAACACUUGGAUAGUAGAGCUUAAUUGUUGAACUGAAAUAUGGCACAAGUCCCAUCAUAUCUGAAAGCUAAAGGUCGAGGAAGAGGAAAAGCAGGCAACUUCAACAGUAAGGAAAACAGCAGUAACUCUUUUGUGCCAGGUAGAAAUACAGAUAAACACAAGAAUGCAGAAGAAAAGUUUUUACAGGCCAGUACAGCUCACCAGCAAGCCAUUCAACAACACCUACAGCAGGGAGAAGAAGAAGAGGAACAAGAAGAAGACAUUGCUGAUGACAUAAUUAACACUGUAUUCAAAUCCUAUACAUCAACAUAUGGUAACGAAGGAGACUCUAAUGGAGUGCAAGGAACAGCUCAAGAGGAUUUGGUACAUUCGUAUCGGUCCAGCUCCUCUGCCUGCCUCAUUUGUAUUGAUGCAAUUAAAAAGAAUGAUCCUAUUUGGAACUGUGGAGGGUGUUAUGCUAUGUUCCACAUGCAGUGCAUACAGAAGUGGGUGCGGGAAGGGAUAUACCAACAUACCUACAAGUCUCCUGAUGGAGAGACUCCCAGUAAAGAUAUUCCUUGGCACUGUCCAAAAUGUAGAGCAGAGUACCAACAGAAAGAUUGUCCUGCGAAGUACUUCUGUUUUUGUGGAAAGGAAAUGAACCCUAAGUUUGACCCAUGGCUAGUACCUCACUCCUGUGGACAGACAUGUGGCCAGAAUCUGAAACCUGAAUGUGGACACUCCUGCCUGCUGCUGUGUCAUCCAGGAGCCUGUCCUCCGUGCCCUAAAACAGUAAGUGUUAGCUGCCACUGCGGGAAACAGAAGCCAAAGGUUGUCAGAUGUAGUGCUAAAGUGUGGUCCUGUGGAAAAUCUUGUGGUAGAAAGCUAGCAUGUGGACAGCACAACUGUCAACUUCCUUGUCAUGCAGGUGAAUGUGCUCCCUGUCCCAAAACAAGCAAACAGUCCUGUUACUGUGGAAAGGAAGUCACUACACGGCCAUGUGCCAGCCCCGAGUGGAAGUGUGAUAAGCCUUGUGGUAAAACCCUUUCCUGUAGGAGCCAUGUCUGUGAAAAUAUUUGUCACAAGGAGAGUUGUGGGCCUUGUCCAAGAUCUGGGGUCCGGUAUUGUCCCUGUGGGAAAUCAGAAUAUAACUUGCCCUGUACAGAGGAUGUCCCAACCUGUGGUGACACAUGCAGUAAAUUGUUGGAUUGUGGGAUACAUACCUGUUCACAGCGCUGUCACACUGGCAACUGUGGAUCGUGCUUGCAGUUAGUAACUAAGAAAUGUCGGUGUGGACAGAAACAGAAGGAGGUUCUGUGUUCUAAACAGUAUCUGUGUGAAAUUAAGUGCACGGGGAUGAGGGACUGCAACAAGCACCAGUGUAAGAGAAAGUGUUGUGAUGGAAACUGUCCAAGCUGUGAGCAAGUUUGUGGAAAAUUAUUGAGCUGCAAAAAUCACAAGUGUGCCGGUGGUUGUCACAGAGGACCUUGUUACCCAUGCCCGUUAACUGUACAAAUUACUUGCUUUUGUAAAGCAACUCGCAUCACAGUGCCAUGUGGGAAGGAAAAAGUCACUCGCCCACCCAGAUGUAACUAUCCAUGCAGAAAGCCCCCAGUCUGUCAUCACUCUAGUCAGAUCCCCCACCGAUGUCACUUUGGAGAUUGCCCCCCUUGUCAACUUGUCUGUGGGAAACAGCUUGAAGGGUGUACUCAUUGCUGUCCCGCCCGGUGUCACUCGGCAGUCAAAAUGAUCUUCAGGGAAAAUACUGUGAGAGCAGGCCCAUGGGAAGCAAGACCAAUGACAAAGGAAGAAAUUGUGUGUAGGCCUUGUCCUCCAUGUCAAUAUCCCAUCCCUGUACAAUGUCUAGGACUGCAUGAGAUUUCUAAUUUCCCUUGUUCGGAAGUUCGGGACUAUUCAUGUGGCAGGCAAUGCGGACGUAAGCUGGACUGUGGUAACCACACCUGUUCCAAGGAAUGUCAUUUGGUUACAAAUGCCCCCGACAAUAUACAGCAAGGAAAUAACUGUGAGGAAUGCGAGUCAGGCUGUCAGAUCCCCCGGCCAGAGGGCUGCACCCACACCUGCCCAACCAUGAAGUGUCAUCCUGGCCCCUGUCCACCCUGUAAUCAGAUGUUACGUAUGAGAUGUCACUGCCAGAUAAGUGUUCAGCAUGUCAGCUGUAAUGAGUGGAUUACAAAUCAGGAGAGCCGAGAGAGCUUGCAAUCUUGUGGAGGGGAGUGUCCCAAGCUGAUGCCCUGUGGUCACCUAUGUGGAGCAGUGUGUCACAAGGGGGAGUGUCCCAAUAUAGGAAAGUGUGAGAAGAAGGUGGUAGUUCGUUGUAAAUGUCGCCGCAAGAAAAAGGAUUUCCUGUGUAAAGAAGUCAAGGAUGGAAAGAAACUGGAGUGUGAUGAUAUAUGUCAACAAGAGAAGGAGCGCAAGAAAAAGACAGAGGAAGAAAAAGAGAAACAAAAGAAGGAAGAGGAAAUGAAAAAACAACAAGCAGAAUUACAAGAAUAUGAAAGAAAGAUGAAGGGACGAAAGAGGCGUCCCCAUAAGGAGGAGAAGGAAGAGGAGAAGCCCUCAUUUCUACAAAAAAACAAGAAGCUGCUCUUCAUCUCCGUCACUGUUGCUAUACUGGCCGUGUUUGCUUUCUCUCUACUCAGUCAAUAAGAUUAGUUUAGUGCUCUAAUACUUACUAAGACAAGACUUAUAAAAAAGAAUUUCCAUGAAUAGCCCAGAACAAUGUCUGCAGUGUAUCAACAUGAGGAGGAAAAGAAUUUUAUAUUGGUAAUAAGUUUACUUACAUGUACCACUAUACAUGCUUAUCAAAAGGAAAAAAUUUAAUAAUAUCAAAUUUGUGAAAACAGCUAUACAUGUCGUCUUAUAAAAAUAGGUUGAAAAGAAUCUUAAAUCCUAGGUUUAAUUUUUUGGUACAUGUACAUCUUUUUUAUUUCGUAUGUGUUAUCCAUUUAUACUGACCUAUCUGGACUGCUUGCAAUCUCUUGGGUGUGUUUUACCAUUGAAAUUAGUAAUUCAUUUGUUAAUGGAAUGGUAAUAACACCUUGGUGGCACUUCAAGGUGAUCAAGUGUGGUAAUCCUGUCACAACAGAGGGAGAAACCGGGUUAAUGGUACGCAUGUGAAAGUUGAAACAAGAAAAUCAAGAAUUAAUGUAAUUUCUAAACGAAUGCAAAACUCAUCAAUUUGAUUAAAUAUGUUUAUCGUAUUAUUGAUCCAUACAAAUAACGAAAUGUUUUCAAUGAAGUACAAGCUAAUGCUGGUGAUGGUGUACGAUAAUGUACUCAGAAAAAUUUUGAUACCAACUUCCUGGAGGGAGAGGGGGGUGUGCACAAUUGAGUUUAGUGCACAUACGUGCUGAAAUUAAUAGUGCUUCAAUUUUCUCAUUUAACAGUAUAUAUAAUGAUGAUAUAAUUUUACUGGUAAAAUUCUCCCAAUAAAGCUUUAUAAAUAGUGAGUAUGAUUAUCAUGAAUACCUGCUUAUUACAAAGCAGUAUACAUUUCCCACAAGAAAAGCAGAGUAAUGGAAAACCUAACCAGAGAUUACAAAUUCAUGACUUCCUUAGUGUUCCCAAUGCCUUGUCUGAAUGCACUUUCUAUAACAUUCGAAUUCAUAGCUAUCUGUAACAAUGGUGCUUUAUGGUUUUCUGCGAUUUGCAUGUUAAGCAUUGCUCAAUUGUAACGAGCAUUUGUUACUGUACUGUGUGUAAGUGUACUAAAUAGCUGUGUUGUGAAUGCUUUCUAUUAAUGUUUAAUUAUCUCAUACUGGAAAUACUUAUUUGUUUCAUUGAAAGACCACAUUUACUACUUCAGAAAUAUGUCUCAUGUGUAUUGUUUACAUUUGGUCGUGAUUGUUCUAAUUGCAAUUGUACUCAAUUAAUGAAUUGAAGGUGUAAAUCAAUAGGCAGUUCAAAUUUGUCAUGUCAACAAACUAUAAGGGAAUAUUGAUUUUCUUUAUUGGAGCCUCUUCUUUAAAAGUGUAUGCUCUUUACUUUGCAUAUUGUUCUCUCUCUCUCUCCUCUCUCUUGCACACUCUCUAUCUAUCUCUUGAUUGAAAAGUUUGGACAAGCAUCAUGUUAUUUGUUAGAUGAUGCAGUCUUUACUAAUGUAUUAUUGUAAAAUGAUAUGACAUUUUGCUGAUUUUCAUUUUGAAAAUGAUGAGCAUUCCAACUGUUACCUUGUUAAUAUUAAAGGUGUAUGUGAUAUAAAUGAUGUCUGUAUUUGAUGUUCUGCCAAGAUGACUUGCAAUAUUUCAUGGAUUUUGUUUUGUGUUAACAGGACUUGGUUUAAUAUGUAUGCAUAGAUGAUUUGAAAUUAAAUACUAGUGAUAAUAUUGAUAUGAAUUUUGAAUGAUUCAUAUUUGUUUGAUAUGUGUUAGAAUUAGUUUUUCAACACAUUGUAAAAAAAAUUUUGAGUGUCAGAGAAUUUUUUUGACCUGAUGUUUGAAUAUAAUUUUGUGUGUGAUUUUGCUGUAUAAAUCUGGAUGGUGCUACUGCA